AUCUCUCUCCACUCCUCCUCUUCAAAUCUCUCUCUCUCUCUCUCUCUCUCUCUCUGUGACAGAGAAGGAAAGUGUGUACAGUUCAGCCAUGGAAGCUUCUUUGCUUCACUGAGGCCCCCUUCUUCUCUUCUCUUUCUGCUUUCUUGCCUUUUCUUUCCCACCCCAUCAAGGACUCGGGACCCGAGUACGUACCUGACCCACCAAGCAAAAAGAGCGAGACGGGAGCAACUGAACCCACCCAGUGCAGAAACAAGAACCGGCCUCAACACGGCCGCAUGCCAUGACCAUGCCAAGCUCCGAGCUCUGCCACAAGUUCAAGCGCCUAAGGCUCUUCGAGCCGUCGGUGGGGGUGCUGGGCUUCGUCCUCGUCACCUUCUGCGUGGUCUGCGGCUUCUUUUACUUGGACUACAGGAGAGGGUACACUAAGUUCUCUGGGAGAUCAGAGCGGUUCGUGUGGCUGCAGGUGCGCGACAAUACCAGCAAUCGCGAAGUUAAAAAGUUCGACUUUUUGGAGAGAAAUGGCGGUGAUGGGUGCGAUUUGUUUGAUGGGGAUUGGGUUUGGGAUGAUAGUUAUCCCUUGUACGAGUCCAGAGACUGCAGAUUCUUGGACGACGGCUUCAGGUGCUCUGAGAAUGGACGGCCUGAUUCGUUCUACACCAAGUGGAGAUGGCAACCCAGAAAUUGCAAUUUGCCCAGAUUCGAUGCGAAAUCGAUGCUGGAGAAACUGCGGAACAAGCGGCUUGUUUUUGUGGGGGAUUCUAUCGGGAGAAACCAAUGGGAGUCUCUCAUGUGCAUGCUCUCCUCUGCUGUUUCUGAUCAGGACUCGAUCUAUGAAGUGAAUGGCAGUCCGAUUACAAAGCACAAAGGCUACUUGGUGUUCAAAUUUAAGGAGUUCAACUGCACUCUGGAGUACUAUAGAGCUCCGUUUCUGGUGCUGCAAAGCCGGCCUCCUCCGGGAUCGCCUGAUAAGAUCAAAACAACCCUGAAAUUAGAUCAGAUGGACUGGACCUGUUCCAAGUGGAGAGAUGCGGACAUGCUGAUCUUCAACACUGGGCAUUGGUGGAACUUCGAGAAAACCAUAAGAGGUGGUUGUUAUUUCCAAGAAGGGUCGGAGGUGAAACCGGAAAUGGCAAUAGAAGAUGCACAUAAGCGAGCCAUCGAGACUGUCUUGCGGUGGAUGCGCAAGGAGGUCAAUACAAACAAGACACAGGUUGUUUUUCGCACAUUCGCACCGGUGCAUUUCAGAGGGGGUGACUGGAGGAAUGGAGGAAGCUGUCACUUGGAGACCCUACCGGAGUUGGGCUCCUCGUCAACUGCACCGGAAACAUGGUCUCAAUUCAAGGUUGUCUCUGACGUAUUAUCGGCUCAUUCAAUUGCAUCGAAGGCAAUCAAAUUCGAUGUGCUGAACAUAACUCACAUGACGUCUCGGAGGAAAGAUGGCCAUGCGUCUCUUUAUUAUCUGGGCUCUGGUGCUGGUCCAGCGCCUGUUCAUAGACAGGACUGUAGCCAUUGGUGUCUGCCUGGAAUCCCGGAUUCGUGGAAUGUGCUACUUUACACACUGUUUCUUAAACAUGAGGCUAAUAAGGAUCGACGAUCGACAAAAUGAAGCUGCAAUUUAUGCACAAAACUGGACGUCAGUCAACCACAGGAUCACUGCAAUAUAACAGAUGAACUCGCACUGUCUAGUGAAGGAGAUCAACUACAGUAUCCCGGAUUGACAAACAGAAGUUGCAUAUCGAGCGAGCCGGAUGUUCUCUGUACAUGAUGCACAUACCAAAUGAUGGCCAGCUGAAUGGUGAAGACAUGUCGGGACACCGAGCGACUAGUUGUAGAAGCAUUAUAGUGAUUGGCCAGAUGCGCGGUUGGAUUAGGCGGAAUCGAUCUUUCCUCAUGCAGAAUCUGUAAUCAUCAAAGCGGUUUUGGUUUAUCCCGGUUUCGUCUUUCCUGAAACUGAACCUCUUUUAGUUCCAUUGCUGCUGCUGAAGAGCAAAUACACAUACCGGCGGCGAGCAUUUUACUCGUCUGUCUUGAAUUCAAUGCGUAUACUGUACAUACUAACCCGUCGCUGAUAACUUGCCGGUGAAGUGUAACAAGAGGGCAAAGACAUCUUCCUAGGAUUCAUCCUCAUGAAUCGGUCGCACCCAUUUCCGACAGUUUAAAGAUAUUCCAAAAAACCAAUAUCUGCUAAAGCGUGUAACAAAUUGUAUAUUCAAGAGCA